UGUUUGAUCUGUUACGUUCAUAAGUAAACGAACAUGCCCUGAUAUUUCUUCUUCAUGAAAGUGUUUUCUACUUAUUCUUACUGGAUGGAAAACAACAUCUUCAACAAUAUUUGUGCAGUUGACGGUGCUGUUGGUGUAAUUAAGUAAAAUAACAUUCUGUGUCAAAUAACACGAUUUCAAAUGUUUAAGAAUAUGAAUAAUCAAAAGCCUGAAAACAAAGCUACGGAACAUGAAGAUGCUGAUCAUACUCAACCUAUUAACUUGGUUGCAGCAAGAACACCCGUUACAACAUUCUCUGGUUCAGGCACAGCUGCAGUCACUCAACCAGUGAGGACACACUUAGAACCAAAGCCAGGAGUUAUGACUUUGUAUUUCCGUACACCUACUCCUAGGCCACAAGGUCAAGUAAUGGCUCCUGUUGGAGCACAAGUUUCUACAUCUCAACAUUUUACUUCAAAACCAGGAACAGAUUUCAAGAAUGCUCAUAGUUUUACUGUCAUCAGAAUGCCUGCAAGUGAUAUUGCACAAGCUCAAGUCGGUACUACCACUGCAAGUUCUUGUGGAGCUCUCACACCAGGAAUUCUUCCUUCUGCUUUGACUUCGAGUGGCAGUAGACACAUAAUUCCUGCUGUGCAUCCAGUGAUUGCAGCCGGAAACACCGGACCAUCCAUGGCUUCUAUAAUUCGAGGAUCUCAAGUUUCACCAGCUGGACAUGUCAUACAUCCACCAUUUUCAUCACACGUACCAAGAGGUCCUGCUGCAGUGGCUAGCAUUAGUGCUGCACCUAAAUCUGCUGUUGCAACUCCAAUUCUUCGAACCCCUCAUUCAUCUGCCACUAUAUCAUCAUCAUCCAUGAUGGCUCUUCAUACACCUGUCAGGGCUAAAUCACCCACAGUCACUAGAACUGCAACUCCUCCUGUUGCAUCAACAUCUCUUCCUCAAGUAGUUGAUCUACAAAAAUCUUCUAUUGGCCAUCCUAUGUCAUCUAAUACUUCUCAUGUUGGACUUGCAUCUCGUACUAUUGAUGGCUCCAUUGUGAGAACCGGAACUGCUCAUUCUUCAGCAAUUACUAUUGCUAAACCUAUAAAUAUAUCUCAACCUAUUGUUCAACAUCUUCAGCAGGUUUAUGACAAGGGUAAUUUGAAAACUAUGUCAAGUUUAGUUGCUUCAACUAGUGCACCUACAAAUUCUUCUCCAGCACACCAAACAGUUGUACCUGGUCCUUUUUCAUCUGUCAGUGAAAGUGUUGGUGUUGUUCCUACCAUAUCCCGAGCAACAGUUUCAACUGGAUACUCUACAAGCAUUAUGCAACUGUCUUCGGCUGCUACAGUUGGACAGCCGUUACAGCAACUCAGAGCUACUCAUGUGCCUCAAGCUAUACAUACAUUGAGUAAUGUCAACUCAUCAGUUACACCUCAUCAAACUCUUACUGUUAUUUCAGCUAAGUCUUUGGUGCCAGCUAACCAUUCAGUUGCUUUAGCUACAUCUGCCCCACGUGCAACUGUUCCAGCAACAACUGUAUCAACUUCAGGGAGUAGUUCUAUUAUGCCAGGUCCCAUUAGACCUCUGAACAUUUCAAAUACAAUCAGCCCUUCUACAAUUCCUGUUGCAAAAGUAUAUCCUCAGUCCACAACAGGUGCCCGCUCCAACAAUGAUUCCACAAGCACUAAUACUCAGGAAAAUAAUCGAUCCACCAACUUUACUCCUCAGCCUGUUGUUUCAAAUUCUGCUCGAGUUGCUACUCCAACAACGUCAUCUUCAUCUAUGCCACAAACUGUUAUGUUAUCUGAAAAUAAAGUUGAUAGUGGUUCUUCGGUUCGGUUUACUUCUCUUACAAAGCCUCAAGUUGGGAAUCCGACAUCAUAUGCACCAUCUCCUACGACAUAUUUGUAUCAUGAUCAGUAUGCUACAAAUUUAGCUAUGCAUCCUUAUACUUCAAGUCCUAAUCAAGGAUUUACAACAACCCACCUCAGACCUGUUUCAUUUGCUCAUCAUAGCACAAGUAACACAGCCAGUCAUCCUUCCAUAUCUGUUUCCAAUUCAUCACAGCCUUUGAAUUCUGUAAUGGUUGCUGUGGAUUCCCGUCAUCAUGUGUCUUUACACUCGCCUUUUUCACAGAAUUCAGGAGGCCCCAAAGGUUCUGAGUUAUCUGCUCCUGUGUCUAUGCCUUCUAGUAGCACCAGCUCUUCUGCUGCUACCUCUGCAACAAAUGCAGUCACCACUACCUUUAAUUCUUUACAAGCACAAAAUAACCAUACUUCACCACGACCUAGCAUUUUAAGAAAAAGAACAAGUGAAAAUGUUUGUUCAGUUGCUAAAAAGAACCUGACUGAUAGACUGUGUGCUGCUGAACCGGCUAGCCCUCGUUCAGAUGUGAGCAACAAUAUCAACUUUACUUCAGUCUUAUCUCCGAAACCAAUUAACGACAAAAUAAAGGAAGUUCUACCUCCACUGAUUCCUGCAUCUGAAAGUCAAAACUUAGUAAUACCUGUUAUGCCACCCUCAGCUAUCAAAAAAGAACCAGGCCUUGUUGAAAAUUCUUGUCCUAUGUCGGAAUCUUCCACUAAAGAUUCAAAGCUAAUGGAAGCAUCACCCCGUAAAAAGCCCAGAAAGCAACUUCUCGCUGCUAAUGAGCUGAUGGAGACACAUUCCUCUGAUGGUGAAGAAAAUAAUUUUGAUGUAAAAAUGAGAAUUAAGGAAGAACUUGGCUUGAAAGAUGAUGAAAAAUCAAAAUAUGUAACUUACUACAAAAGGCCAUCUAUGUCACUUUUGAGUAGUUACCGACAAUCAUGGAAGGCUAGACAUAAUCAUUUUGCUAGAUACUCGGAUGUCAAACCGAAAGAAGAAAAGAAGCCUACAGUGAAUGAAUUAGCUAAUCAGAAAGGUGUAUUGCAGCAUGUAAAUGGAUGGAAAGUAUAUCAUUUAACAGCUCAGAUGGAUGAAGUUAUCAAUGUAGAAGAAUCUGUGUACUCUCGGUUGACUGAUUUAUUAGACUUUGUAGAAAAUGACCCACCAGCAGCACUCAGAACCAGGAGUUUGUCAAACUCAGAUGAAGAUAAAAUCUUGAAUAAACUAACAGAUUUAAUUAAGGGUAAUUUGCAAAGAAGUAAAAUUGUUCAAGAACAAGUGUCCGAAUCAAAACAACAGGCAAUAAAAGUUCUGGACCAUAAAAUGAACAUUGUUGAAAUGAUAAACAAGUAUAUCAGUAAGCGUCCUUUGAAGAAAAAGGAAAAGACAUGACUAUGACAUUAACAUUUUUUCUUCUCACAAAGAUUUUAUUUUACAUCAUGCUUUUUAUAUGCAUGAAUAUUUGUAUAGAAAUUCUUUAUUCUACUUUGAGGCAUUUCAUAUUUUAAAUACUUGAUUUUUGUCAGAUUGAGAUGUUUGUAUUUUACUGUAAUUGUUUUAAUCAGUUUCUAUUUUCUAGCCCUGUAUAGCCCUUCAAUAUCUGAUAGGUUUAUAUCUGUAAAAUAUAAAAUCAAUGUGAAUAUAUAAAAAGGGUGUUUUAAUGAAAUGUUGUACAUAAAAUUUAUUGGCAAGAAAAAUGCAAUAUUGGUUUAUUGUACAUUGGAGAUUUUAUCGCAUAAAUAUAUAUGAACAAAUUAUAUAUUCAAUUUAUUUUAAUUUUCUAAAAUAAAAAAGUAAUAAUUAUUAAUUUUUGAAUAACAAAGAAAGCUUAAUUUAAAAGAAUUAUGUUUAAUGUACACAUAUUGGCUUUAAAAUGUAUAUAUGAAUUUUAAUUGUCAUUAUUCAUUGCCUGUGUCAAAUUUCAAUUGCUUUUUGUAAACUAUCUUUUAGAUCAUGUCAAAGAUCUUAACAUUUUAAAUAAUGACAAUUUAUAUGCAUUUUCCACAAUAAUCCUAGCAGUGUAUAUAUUUUUAACAUAAAUGUGGAAAGCCUGUUGUAAAUAUUUGUCUUAUUUGUAACAAAAUAAAUGCAGUGUAAAUGAUCAUCAACCCAUGAUUCAUUUUUCUUUUCUUUUGAAUGAUAUUGUACCUUUUGAAAACUUUUAUUUCAUUUUAAAAUCAAAUAGUGCUCAACAUUUUUUUAAAAUCUUAACUGAUAAAUGCAAUCAAUAAAAAUUGGAUUUACACUUUAAAUAUUGCUAAUUUUAGUUGCAAUAACAAAUUAAUAAUAAAACCAGCACUUAGUCGUGUACGUGUAGAAGUUUAUUAAAUAACUAGUUAAAUUUAUCAUUCUUCUAAGUACAUUUACAAUUCCUUAGAAAUCGACUUUGAAACUUUUUACUGAACUCUAAGCAUAUGAGACACAAUUACUAAUUUACGCUUUUUCUGAAAUAUGUAUUACUGUCAAUCCCAUUCAAUCUAAUGGGGGGGGGGGAAUUAACUUUUUUUUUUUAAAUUUAUUACAGAAAAGAAAUUUUAUAGAAUGUCUUAUAAGUUACUAAUAAAGGAAGUGUUAAAGGUGGUAUAUUUUUCUGUUAUAAAUUUCUUUACUGUAUUUGUACUUUUUCUUUUAUUUCAAAACGAAACCUACAC